AUGGCUUGGAUUCAAGCGGGCGUGCUCAGCGCGGUGCUGUCGCUGUGUGCCGGACAGUACCCGUUUGGCGACACCGGGAGCUUCGAACCUUUCACCAAUUUCAAUCAGUACGCCCAGAAUAACGGCAGAACGACGAAUGGGGGUUUCCGCGCUCCGUCACGGAGUUUUGCUUCCCCCGCGAGCGAUGGCGGUAACUACGAUGUAAGCAAAUCCUUCAAUUAUGAUCGAGAGAGCCUGAAUGGAAACCCAAUCAGUGAUACAGCGUUCGCUCCACGAGGCAUUCAGACAUCGAAGUACAGUUUCGAUGAAGGUCGUCAAAUUCCAAGCGUCAGCCAAAACGGGUUCCGGAUACCAAUCUCGUCAUACCCCACGACCACAGAACGCCCUCGAUACUACGAGCCACCGGCGGUGACCUACCAACCGAGACCCAUCCAGGUGCCCACCUAUCAAGCUCCGCCUUACCAACAAUCCGUAGCCCCACGAUACCAGGCGCCCACUCCUGUUCCGCAGUAUGCGCCCCCUUCCCCUCAGUAUACACCUCCCCCCGCGCGAUAUUCGCCCCCUCCAACUUCCCAGUACGAAGCUCGACAAUUCCAACCGGAGCCGGCUCCCGUGCAGUAUCGGCCUCCCGCUCAACCAGCUCCGGUGCAGUAUCGACCACCGGCUGAGCCCCAGCCCCGACCACGGCAAUACGCACCCCCUCAAGUUGAGGCUCCGGUUUAUCAGCCGACGCCGCGUCCCUACCGGCCGCCCGUCCGACAGAGAAUCCAACCCGAGCCACCUCAAGAGGAGCCCUACCGACCCCCGAAGAACAUCGUAUCUGCUCCGAGCCGAUCGAGGAAUGAAGUCACCGAGAAACCUUCAGUACUUCAUCCAGCCGCGCCGGUUCAUUACGUCAGCAUCGGACAGAGACUCGAAGGUGAUUACAAGUUCGGUUACGAUACGGGCAAGGCUUCGAACGGGGACGAGUCGUUCAGGAGAGAGACCCGAGAUCCGGAUGGUACCGUGAGGGGCUCGUAUGGAUACAUAGACUCAAACGGAAAACAGAUCGUUGUCCAUUACGAGGCCGGAAGAGAAGGAUACAAAGUUCUUUCGGAAGCCGAAGCGAAGCAGAGAGCAGAACAGGCUCAACGUAAUGCCGCGCAACCUCGACCGGUGGUCCAGGCUCCAGUGCAACAAUAUGAAGCCCCUCUAAGGCAGCCGGUCCCGACAUCGCAACCGGAAGGAAUCCCGCCGCGACGGAUCCGACGCGUCAAGAAGAGGAGGAGAGAAAGGAGAGCUUUGGAUGACGAUGACGAACCCGAGGAAAACACGACCCAGAGAGAUUUCGGCUCGAGAGUUGCCGGGACAGGAUCCCUACGCCCAACUGGAUCCCCUCGCGUUCGUACGGAGAGAACUCGACGACCCCUGAACCCUGACGGGAGGAGCCUCCGACCAACGCCCUCCACUCUCAGGGAGCGUCCUCUCCGCAGAAAAGUCGUUGUUCGAACGACCACCCCGCUCCCGCAACCCACCGCGCGUCCGACCGUUCCCAGACGCCAAAUUAUCCCCUCGGUUCCCGCGAGCACUCCGGCUACCUAUGAGGAACCGAUGAUUCAGCCUCAGCCCAAGAGAAGAAGGAAGGUCCGAAGGAAAUUCAGAACUACAGCCGCUCCGGAGCUCCACCAGCUGCAAGCGCCCGCUCCCCAGACGGCAGCCCCCUCUCCGACGCUUCCGACCUCGCCACAGGGUCCGACGGGGCAGCUACCGGCUCAUGUGCUACCGCCGACAUUCUUGCAAGCCCCCGCGACGAAUCAGUCUCACUUCUUGAAUAGCUACAAUAAUAUCCAAACCCAUACGAACAAUCCGUACGUGCAGCACGUAAACAGUCCGCAGUCGCUGUACGAGCAGCUGACCAGCUCAAUCUACCAGGAAGCGGGUCGCGUGAGCCCUUCGAGGAAUUUCGUCGCCCAACCACAGUAUAACAAUGUGCCGAAUCCGCAGUAUCAACCGACUGCGUACCAAAAUAUCCAGUACGGGUCCGCGAACUUCCAGCCGCAGUUUAGAAAUGCGCAGACACAAUACAAUCAGUUUCCGCAAUUCCAGCAUAAUGCCUACCAACAGUAUCCCCAGCCGCAAUUCCAGCAGAGUCGCUACCAACCCCGAUAUGUCCAUCCUCAAAGCCAAGACCUGUACUCGUACCCUUCCGAUAUCGAAUACAGUCGGAACCUUCUCUCAUACGACAUCGGAGCCGCUCAGUAG